GUGGCUAAUGCGAGCACUCGGGCAACGGCGCGAGACGAGCGCGGGCGAUUGCGCUAGCGAGCCCGACGUGGCGGAAGAAAGGAAACAUAUUGCUGCCUUUAUCAUCACAGCGAAAAUAUUUACAUUGUUUUCCAUGAAACUAUUGUGAUCAAAUAAAAUAUGUCAGUCAUAUAAUUACCUCAGGAACAAUUAUUGUUGCAGUGUCAUGUUUUAUGUUUAGUGUUUUUAUUUUUGUUGCCAAUGUGCGUCCGAUUACCUCGCUCUUUAGGAACAUUUAGAUUGGACAGUUAUUUUUUUACAAUUAAAAAUAUGCAAAAUUGCCGCGGCAGACGAGGUAGAUAGUCGAAAGGAUGGCGGGUCUCGGAGACAGAAGUACCGGGCCAGCGAGUUUGGAGUAUAUGGAAGAUCCUUACUUUGUGCCACCUGAUGAUGAUUCCACUCCUAGCUUUGACGUCGCAGUAGAUGAAUUGGACGAAUUAGAAGAAAUUGUGAACUGGACACCUGACGAUGCGGAAGCUGAAUGGCGUUCCUUGCCAGAACUAGCCGAAUCUGCCUUAUGUAUAGAAACAGAAUUUUACAUGGACAAUCGUCGCCGUCGACUUCGUAUAUUUAGAAAAAAAAUGCGUGAAGUUCGGGUUACAUUUCAAGAUUUAACAAAACCGUAUCUUGCCAAAGUGUCGAGCCACACAAAUUACAAAAAGUUUUUAGGAAUAACUCCAGGAGCUGAAGAAGCGAUGCCUGGCAGCGGCGCAGGCGACGCGCACGUCGUCGACGAGCUGGCCGGGCUGACCCCGGAACAAGCGGAGCAGCUCAAAGCCGAAUGGAGCCGUGAGCUGGCCAGAGUGGAGGACGAGAUCGCGACACUCCGCACCGUGCUGCAGAGUAAAAUCCGCCAAAGUUCCGAGUUGAAACGAAAGCUUGGCAUCACCGUCUGGAAGGAGAUCACCGAAGACGUCAAUCAAGGAUUGAAAAACGUUAAAGAGAGCCAAGUAUACCAAAAAACCGAAUCUGUGAUAAAGUCGACUGCGGAGAAGACGACAUCGAUCCUCGGCGGGCUGACGGCCGGCGUCACGCAGAAGAUUGGCCAAAUGCGAAACUCCGACUCGUUCCGCUCUAUCGAGGAACGUAUGGGAUACGCGUAUGAGAACGUUAAGGGUAAAGUAUCGUCCAGAUCGAACUCGACGCAGAGCUUCGACGAGGCGCUGCGCGACGCGAGCCGCGGCGCCAGCGGGGCCACCUCGCCCACCAUCCCCGAGAACAAGCCGCUGCCUUAGUGCGAGUGCGACCCACACACCUACCCCGUCUCGCUCCCACACACACCACGCUAUACUAUGUGCUAAUAAAGUUGGAACACACACGAGUUUUAUUUCUAUGUAAUGACAGAUUUUUUGCAAUUUCAACAAUUAAUACUUGUAAUAUUAACAUGGGAUAAAUAAUCCCCAUUUCGAAAUACAAUUUUACCUAGAUAUGUUUUUCAUCGGAACUUCUAGGAUAAAUGAACUGACAGGGAUUUUUCUAUAAUUAUUACCGCAGCACUAUUAUAUAAACCCCACAAUAAUUAUUGUAGACUUAAGAUUAUUGUGCCCCGGGUCUUAUGAACGGUGUCUAAUGUACAAUUUAAAAGUACUUUAUCUGUCAUUGAGGCGUCUUGUGGCGUGGUGAACUAACGGGCGAGCCUUGAAUUAAAUUGGGAUUGUAUUCUGUUUCUUUCGUGAUGUGUAUCUUGCAUUCCGACUAAUAUUUAUUAAAAUCUUUAUAAUCUAUGUGUUAUAUGCGAGAAAACAACGUAAAAAAGAAGCAGGAUCGAGGCACGGUGUCCACAAUUAAAAGCUUUGCAAAAGAAUUUUAUAUACUCUAUAUACUUGUUAGUAUCACGUUGUUGUAAUUUAAUAUAACUACGUAUAAUUGUCAACUUGCCCGAUGCCUGUGUGCAGUUCAAAAUGAUAAAGAUAUUUUUAUAAGAUGCUUAGCUUUCCUUAUAAAUAUUUCCAUUAUUUACAUUGAUACAUUUUAAAUGGAAAAUAAAGUUUAUGUACUAAAUGA